UUAACGGUAACGUUUGUUCGUUUAGAUGCAUUUACGUCAUAAACCUCAUUAAAAAGAGUUCUGUUGCUCUCUGAGCAGAUGAAAACAGCUGAUCCUCGAGUAUUAUCGGAUAGCGUUAGCUUGCUAGCUUAGCCACCUUUACCAGUGAAAUAUAAGAUGUUUAAUUGUUUGCUACUGCCAUUUAUAGUUCAGGUUGUUAUGAGCAAAUACAACAUUUAUUCGAUUGUCUUUAUAUCUAGCGGGAAAUAGUCAGACAGAAGAAAAGAAACGUGGAUUUUGCAUCACUGACAGUCUCUUCAUCACCAUCAGGGUUUGACGUGUAGAUAAUGUAUCCAGACCUGCAUACCAGCAUAGACAAAGAACAGCGAAAUAUGAUCAUUUUCAACGCAUCCAAACGAGAGCUCUUUACAGUCAACUCUGGAUACAAGUCCCUGCAGAAGAAACUAAGAGCACAAUGGAAGAUUCAAAGCAUCAAAGAUGAGCUCACAUUGGAGAAACUUCAAGGAGUAAAGUUGUGGAUCACUACAGGUCCUCGGGAAAAGUUCACUUUGGCUGAGCUGGAGGUUCUCAAGCAAUAUCUAGACAGUGGUGGAGGUAUGCUUGUGAUGCUCGGAGAAGGAGGAGAAAUGAAGUAUGACACAAAUAUCAACUUUCUCCUGGAAGAAUUUGGCAUUAUGGUCAACAAUGAUGCAGUAGUAAGAAAUGUCUAUUACAAAUACUUUCAUCCCAAAGAAGCGCUGGUGUCCAACGGUGUUUUGAACAGGGAGAUAAGUCGUGCGGCUGGCAAAGUGGCCACAGGGGUCAUUGAUGAAGAAAAUACAGGGAAUAAUUCACAAGCACUUACAUUCGUAUACCCGUAUGGAGCCACAUUAAAUGUGAUAAAGCCUGCUGUAGCUGUCCUGUCCACCGGCUCCGUGUGUUUUCCACUCAACAGGCCAGUUCUUGCUUUCCAUCAUGCCAAGAAUGCUGGCAAGUUGGCAGUUCUUGGCUCAUGUCACAUGUUCAGUGACCAGUACCUGGACAAGGAGGAGAAUAGUAAAAUAAUGGAUGUUGUUUUCCAGUGGCUUACAACCGAUAACAUUCAUCUUAACCAGAUAGAUGCAGAAGACCCAGAGAUCACAGAUUACACCAUGCUGCCAGACACAGGUUGUCUGUCCGACAGACUGAGGGUGUGUCUACAGGAGGGAGAUGAGAACCCGCGAGAUUUCACCUCUCUCUUCGACACGUCACUUCUGAAGCUGCAUACAAACACUCUUCCCUCAGUCAUUGAUGCUUACAAGCAGUUGAAUGUCAAACAUGAACCUUUGCAGCUGAUCACACCACAGUUUGAAACCCCUCUACCCCCUCUGCAACCGGCUGUCUUUCAGCCGGCUUUUCGAGACCUGCCACCACCCAUGCUUGACCUCUUUGACCUCGACGAGACUUUUUCUUCAGAGAAAGUCAGACUGGCUCAGCUCUCAAAUAAAUGUACUGAUGAUGAUCUUGAGUUCUACGUGCGUAAAUGUGGAGACAUCUUAGGAGUAACGGGGAAUUUAGACAAGGACAAGAGAGAAGCAAAGCACUUACUGGAACAUGUCUUCUUCCAGGUGGUCGAGUUCAAGAAGCUCAAUGAAGAACAUGAUAUUGACACAACAGAAUCGCGGUUCAACAUAUUCUGAAGUCAGUAGUCAUGUAGCAGUGACCGGUUUUUGAAAAAAAAUGUGUUUGUUUAUAUAUGUAUACAAAAUACUACUAAAGCAGUGAUUAUUAUGCAUUUAGUACAGUUGCAAUUUAAGUGCAACAACAGUCACAUGGUUUAUCAGAAUUUAGUCUCUGGCACCACACAUGCCUGUUUGCCAUAUUAACUACACAACCACAACUACUUUCAUAGUUUUGUCAAUAAAUAUGUCAAGAUUUGUAAUGGCGAUGUUUUCCAAUGGUUGAACAAACAUGUGCAUGUCAUUUAAUCCUGGAUUUUUUUGUGAAAUAUAUAUAUAAAAAGAAGAAUCAACCCUUUCUAGGUCACUAAUCCAAUGUCUACAACCUUUCAGAUUUUUGAUCCAUUGUUUUUUCCAUUAAAGCAUUAAAGAUGC